AUGGGUGAGUCUUCUGAGGUAGUGUCUCACAAGAGGUUAGAAGGCAAGGUGACAAUUAUCACCGGUGGUGCUAGUGGAAUUGGAGCAGCCACGGUGCAGCUUUUCCAUGAACAUGGAGCCAGGGUCGUCGUUGCAGAUAUCAAAGACAAACAAGGCAAAGUAAUAGCUGAUAAGCUUGGAGAAAAUGUCACCUUCAUCCACUGUGAUGUAUCAGAUGAAGAUGAUGUGAUCAACCUUAUUGACACUACUGUAUCAUUACAUGGAAAGCUGGAUAUUAUGUAUGAUAAUGCAGGGGUCAUGGACCGUUCUUUGGGAAGUAUUUUAGACACCAAAAAAUCAGACCUUGACUUGAUGCUUAAGGUUAACUUGGGGGGUGCUUUUCUUGGAGCCAAACAUGCAGCGAGAGUCAUGAUUCCCCAGCAUAAAGAGCUCGGUGAAUACAGUAUAAGAGUGAACUGCAUCUCACCUUAUGGUGUGGUUACAGGCAUGACUACCAUUACAGACGCUUCGAUGAUACCAAUGGUAGAAGAAAUAUUAAGCAAGGCAGGUAAUCUCCAGGGACAAACUUUGAGGGCAGAUGGUAUUGCUAAGGCUGCACUGUACUUGGCUAGUGAUGAUGCAUACUAUGUGAGUGGAUUAAACCUUGUGGUGGAUGGAGGGUUCAGCAUUGUGAAUCCUACCGUAAUUCAGAAGACACCAAACCAUAAUUACGAUUAG